UGCACUCCGCCAUAAAACCUAACAGAAGAGGAAGAAGACUUGAACGGCUGGGUUUCCUCCAGAUUGCACAGCCAAAAUAUCGUAAAAAUGUAUGAAAACGAAUGUUUUGGUCUCCAUUUAAAGUUAUCAGUGUUUAUAAAUGUAUAUUUAACAUAUAAAUGAAUAAAUUGUAGAAAUAGGCGGGGUUUGUGAUUUUGUGGCUGUGGUAACUAGUGACCAGUUGGCUGGCCUAAACUUCCGCUGCAGUGAAUUUUAACGGAAUCUAAAAAAUAUGGCUAUACGCUGUUUUUUCUCGGCUCGAAAAAAUCUGAACUGCGUCGGCAGAUUACAACUCCUCUUGUCGAAUGAUUGCAGCGCCGUGAUUGGCCUCUACAGCACAGCAGCAAAGCAGUGGGGAACAGGUGAUGGUUGCCAUGGUGAUGACACCACAGAUGACUCCAGCCAUGCGGGGACCAAUGUGAGACUGCUGGAGAUGAGAGCCAGCAAGCUGGAGGAGCAGGUCAGGGAGCUCACGGAAAGAUACAAAAGAGUCAUGGCUGAUUCUGACAACGUUCGAAGAAGAACUCAGAAGUUUGUUCAAGACGCCAAGCUGUUUGGGAUCCAGAGUUUCUGCCGUGACCUGGUGGAGGUAGCUGACCUGUUGAAGCAGACGACAGGAAACCUGCAGGCGGAGGAGGACCAGAGACUUGCUCAGAUCAAAGACAGACUGCAGGGGGUCUUUACAAAGCACGGCCUUAUGAAGAUGAGCCCUGUUGGGGCUAAAUACGACCCUUACCAGCACGAGAUAGUGUGCCACACUCCUGCUGAGGGAUGGGAGCCUGGCACCGUUGCUGUGGUGAAGCAUGAUGGGUACAAGCUCCAUGGACGCACCAUCCGACAUGCCCAGGUGGGCAUUGCUGUGAUGACACAGGAGCAGGACUAAGGCUUGUGCUAGUCUCUGACCUCUCUGUAGUACUUCACGGUCGUCUGCACCUGACAGAUCCAGAUGUGCAUCAAUCCUUUCAGUUACGUAAAUGUUUUUCAUGUGGGUUGUUUCAAUGUUGUCACUUUGUCUAGAUUAAUUGUGUACACACAGUACCUGUAACAAAUUUGGACACACCUACUCAUUCCACUGUUUUUAUUUGUACUAUUUUCAAAAUUGUAGAAUAAUAGUGAAGACAUCAAAACUAUGAAAUAACACAUAUGGAAUCAUGUAGUAACCAAAAAAAGUGUUAAACAAAUCGAAAUAUAUUUUAUAUUUGAGAUUCUUCAAAGUAGACACCCUUUUUUUUGACAGCUUUUCACACUCUUGGCAUUCUCUCAAAGAGCUCUAGAAUGCUUUCCCAACAUGCUUGAAGGAGUUCCCACAUAUGCUGAGCACUUGUUGGCUGCUUUUCCUUCACUCUGUGGUCCAACACA